AUGGCCAGUUUACGGGCCGCUAUCGUUGCUCUUAGCAUAGUGCAAUGUUUGUGUUUAAAAACACGCCCAAGUAGCGACGAAAUACGUUUUGAUGGUGUCGAUUUUGUCUCGUUUAACUUGACGCAGAGGCGUCGAUUACAUGCUCUGGGGGAACACAAACUCAGCUUUGAAUUCAAAACCAUCCAUCCAAGUGGUAUGUUGGUUUACAUUGGUAGUGAAUUCGAAAAAGGAGACUUCCUGAUGGUUGAUUUAGUCCGUGGAAAGCUGAGGUAAGAAGCGAGCGUUUAAGAUUUGACGCAAGUAUAAGUGAACACCCUUCAAAUUGUCACGCGCCUAAAAUUUCCUUUAAUUCGGCAUAAGAAUUUACUGUGUUGUGCGAACCUUUCUGUUUCUACCAUCCAUUCUUGGGAGAACAAAAACAAAAAUUGCUCUGACAAGAUUAUUCAAACCAUUGAGCAUUCUUGCGACUAUUCUUUCAAAUUAAAAAGCAUAAAAUUUUCAACUUGCAACAUUAAAUUUCGCGUCGAAAAUAUUACUCCCACAUUGUCUGUUGUAGGCAGACAGCUGUCACUUUGGCGAGAAGUUACUAGUAAUACGACACAGAACUUUUCCCUCUCAUUAUUUUUUAGUGGUCGGACAAGCAAUCUAGGCUGCAUUUAGAUGGGCAUAAAUCUACCACAUAUUAAUAUUGCAAAAUACACUAAAAAGCCUUUUUGGCGACCGAAUGACUCUAGGUAAACUCACUAAUUUGCUUUUAAUUUCCGUAGAUUUGUAUUUGCAAAACAUAGUCAGCUUUUCUUCUUUGUUAUUAUUCUGUAACGAGAUAUAAAUCGAUACCUGAUAUGUAUUUGAAAACAUUUGUUUAAAGUUUUAAUUAGUGAUAACAUAUCUCCUAAAAGUGGUGAACAGUGUUUAAAUUGGAAUGCAUGUGAGAACUCACCAUUAAAAAGAAGCGAUUCUCGCUCGGAUUAAAUCAAAAUAGCUGUAAUUUGAAUCAACAUUUGUGGCACACCAGACCUUUUAGUUAUUCUAAGCUUUCAUUGUACAACACGACUCUCCCGACACAGCUGUACUGCGUUCAAAUAUUUCAGCCGUGUUCAGUGUAUCGAUUCGCGUUUGUCGAGUGUAAUCUGCAAACUUAAUUUUAUACGUAGUUGUAAAAGGCGAUAGAGCGAUACUAAUUUCCAAUUAAGGAAUGUGGUACAAAAGUAAGAACGCUUAAGAAUUUGGAUGUCACUUGUAACAAAGUUAAGUAAAGUCAAGGUCGACCUGAUUCAUGAGAUAGAUGUAACAACUUUAACCUAACGCCAUUUUGGCAGGAUGUAGAGAAAGCCUCAAUCUGUUGGAAAGAUUCGAAGGUUACCUUUCAAUCAAUUAUGCCUUUGUUUUGCUGACCUUAAAAGUCUUAUCAUAGCAUUGAGAAGUAAAAUUAAAUGGAUUAUGACCCUUGGUUGGGGUUCUUUUUAUGCGUGUAUGGGUCACCUAAGUUCAGAAAACGAUUGAGUGCAAAUUUGAGACUACUGAGAACAGAGGAUGAUCAUGAGUUAAUGGGCUGCAAAUGGUCAUCACAUGAAUUAAAAAUAUCAUUGAUUUAUGACCUCCCUCCAGUUCAAAUUCAUUCUUCAUCAUUCAAUGUUUAUAGAAAAGAGAUGAUUGCUAUUAGAGAUCAACUGACUUUGAGUGUGAUGGAAUGGAAUAUGAUAGAAUAAUAAAAUUUUUAAUCUAUAGAAAUAAAUACAAUUUAUGAUAGGUAAUAAGAGGUUCAAAAAUAGGUUCUUGUGCCAUAUGUUACAUCCCACCUUCAACCUGGAGCCUCAUAUCUCAUGUCACAAAGCAGUUCAAAUAAGAAAGUAACAGUGCAUGAAGGACUGCCUCUCUUAUUUGCCUCACCUGCUUAAACCUCAGGCUUUGUGAGGCUUUUUUGAUUUUGAUGGAGAUGCAAAAGAUGUGUCCUAUAAGCAAAAUUAAAACUUAUCAAGAAAUUUUGAUUGUCAUGUUUUCUCUUUUUCUCCACAGAAUCACUGUCAAUCUGGGUGAUGGCAUCCCCACUCAAAAUGGGCACCUGGUGCUUGAAGAAACUUUAGCAGAUGACCGCUGGCACAUCAUUCAACUGCGCUUGUUGGGCAAGGAGUUAAAAGUUAAGCACGAGGAGGAAACGCGCCUUAUCGUAUUGCAGAGUGAACACACUACUUUUGAUGUUGAAGGUUUUGUUUACGUGGGUGGUAUACCUCAACACACAUUGAAUGUCUUGACAGAUUACAGACCAUCACCAAAUUUAAGAGGGUGCCUUCGAAACGUGGUUUUUGACAGAUGGCAUGUUUUGUUAAGCCCCACGCCAGCGCGCAAAAACUACCGAGUUUACGGCUCACCUCAAAAUAAUUGCCUGCGUGAGCCAUUUGAAACUGUGAGCUUUCAGUCUCCAGAUUCUUUUCUAUACAUACCUUCGCAGGGCGAAGACAUCUUCCAUGUCCAAAUGCAGUUUCGCACUUAUAUCGCCAACGGCGUGUUAGCGUACAAAUUCGAAUCAGCAGUAAAAGUUAAUGUGCUCUUGCGUGACGGGAAAGUAGUUUUGGAUGUCUUGGUGGUUGGAGUGAGCCAACUGCCGCUGCUAAUCCAGGGAGAGAGUUUAGACGAUGGAGAGUGGCAUUAUCUUUUUGUGAUUGUCACCAACACAGAGGUGAAGAUGAAACUGGAUCAACUGGCGGAAUUGAGGCACGAAAAUCCAGCGUUGAGGAAAGUCUCAAAGUUUAAAAAUAAAGUCUUCAUAGGGAAUGGCUAUUUUAAGGAUAAGCCAAAUUUUGUCGGCUGCAUCCACGAUUUACAUGUGGAUAACAAGAAAAUCGAGCUAUGGGCAAUACCUUGGAGCCGUUACGCUUUCGGAAAGGUGUACAAUCGUUGCAACAUCUCAAGCCGUUGUUUCCCGAACCCGUGCGGACACGGUGGAAAGUGUAACGAUUUGCCGAAUGGUGAUUUCUCUUGCGAUUGCCUAAAGACAUUUCACCGUGGUCGACUCUGCGAAAUACCGAUAUACUUAAGGACCUGUCAGGAGUAUAAAGAUCUGGGCCUGGCCGAUGAUGCUUACUGUAAAGUGGACCCUGACGGUAGGGGACCAAUUAAACCCCUGGAGGUCCUUUGCAAUAUGACCGAUCAAGAAGAAGCGGUAAUGCUCGUCUAUCAUAGCAAAGUGGGACCUCAACCUGUUUUAAUGUCCAGGGUUGAUGACUAUCCAGAUUACUUUCACACUUUGGAAUAUUCAGAUCUUAAUGGAAUCAAAGCUUUGAUAGCUCAAAGCGAGAGAUGUCGUCAAUUGGUUAGUUUCAACUGUUUCGGUUCUAAACUUCUGCAAUCGCCAGUGGGUCCGGCUGUGGUGAGUUGGGCAGGAGGAGACUUAAGAUAUGUGACCGACUACUGGCCAGGUGCGCCUGCCGGGAGCAUGAAGUGUGCAUGCGGUGUAAACAGAACGUGCACGAAUCCAGGACUUGCUUGCAACUGUGACAUUGGAGACGAGAAAUGGAGAGAAGACGAAGGUAGGCCUCAGUAUGCAAGUUCUCCAUACCGUACUCUAUUUAUUUCCUAUGGCACUAGCAAGGAGAAUUUAUCUAACAAUCAAGAGGUUAUUGAGGUCAUCAUCAUUUCCUUUAUUCUCAAGACUUAAAUGUGUGACUCAGCGGUGAUACUGUUUCCAGAAAUUGGAUGCAGUUCGGUGUUAAGGGUUAAGCCGAUAUCUCUCUUGUUCCCCUGAAGGUCACCGGACAAAAACUAGACAGCUAAAUUGAACGACUCGCUCAAACUUAUUAGAACUAAGAAAAUUUUUUUUUAAUGCAUGUAAGCAUGAGCUACGGACCGAUUUCCUUAAACCACUUCCUAAUAUCGAUCAAUCUUGCCUCUUUUGAGGGUGAUAACCUCUGGCAGUAACGGGCCUGCUCGAGUGCGUUCGUAAAACUUAAGCUCAAUGAAGCUUAGAUUUAGAUAAGAAAGAGUUUGCAGCGUGUCUGUAAGAGAGGCCACUUUUUUAUUUGUUAUUUUUUAUUUUUUAAGAAAAUACCCACGAAGUAUUGAAAUUCUUCCUUUUUUCUCCGCUUAAGGCUACGUUACAAACCGCGCCAAGCUACCCGUAAUUUUUCUCACAUUUUCUAAGACUGCUGCACGAUCGUAUUUUAUGGUUGGGCCGCUGGAAUGCUCUGGAACACUGAAGAACGGUAGAAAAUUGUCCCAGCAGGCACAACGCGAUGCCUCACGCUUCCUGUAUUCUAUAUGUCGCCCUGUGAAUCCCACUUCUCCGGAACCUCGCCUUAGUUCAUCUACUUCAACGUACAUUGAGCACAAGAGUUGGAGUUGGCAAGUUCAAGAGGAGCCUUCUUUGCAUCCACCCACGGAAUUGUCCACAACGAGAAAACUAAGAAACAAAGUCAUCACCUCAAAACCAACCAUAGCACAUGAAGUAACUACCACUGUCUACCGUGUCUCUUCACCAUUCACUUUUGAUGAAAAGACGCAAACUACCCCAGAUGUAAUACUUAAGAAAGACAGGAAGAGUGAAACAACCGCCGGUGCUGCCAUGUCUCCUACAAUAGCUCGCCCUGUCUCGGUGUCUUCUGAAGUGUUCGGCUCUGCACUGCCGCCAUCAAACGUAUCCCAAUGUUGCAGUGAUUCCGAGGACGUUACAGUUCCCUUUGAUCAAGAUGCGUCCACUGGAGAGCGAGUCGCUGGUAGAAUAUCUUGGCAAGUAAUGGUGGCCUGGGUGCUUAUGAUCGUUGUAUUUGUCAUGUUUGUUCUUGGCAUUUUUAUUUUCAUGAAGCGCUCCAAUCGAAGAAUGGUGCCCAGCUGUGGGCUUUGGGGAGUCUGUAAACAGAAGAAGCUGCAAUCGUUUGCAGAAGAAGAGCACGGUUUUCCCGAGGUAAGACUGAGGUCGCGCUCUGGCGAGCUGAAUUUGCCUGAAGUUCGUCGCUCGAUCGAUGCCGGUAGUUAUAACGUGAGAACCGGCAUAAUUGCAUACGGGGAACCCUUCUAGUCGUAGAGGAGUACACCUUACAACACAAACAGGUAAGUAAUUUUCGUUAUGUUACUCCUUAUCAAUCUGUCAAAGGCAUCGAGGCAAUGGUAAUUAACUGGAAUUCGUUGUCCGAAUCUCCAGGGUGUGACCAGUCACAGUGGCUUGUUAAGUUGGACUGGUCCCAUAAUCACUUACAUUCGUUUCUUUCGACGACGGAGCUCAGAAUUCACCAUCUCUAUUCACUCACACAUCGCUUAUCGUGCCUCAGCAGGUAGGGUAACCUUGCCUGUUUCCAGAGCCUCCGUGUACUAGGCCAGCGGAAACUAUUUAGUCCAAUGUGUCAUUGCGUAGCUGUCACGAAAGACACCGGUGACGGGACAGCUGUUGCUACUCACAACUCGAUAAGAACGCCCCGUAAAAUUGUCUCGAUGUGGACUGUUCACCCGAAAUUAUAUAAAUCAUCGGCCUUAAUUUAUAUCGACUGGAAGGUGAAAACGAGACAAAAAUUUUAAUAAAUAGUACUCAUGAUCUGUCGUUUUCCUCCGUAGCAAUUUCUCCCCGUGCUUGGUUACCCGAGUAUUAACCCUACAAGACGUCCUGUUAAUUUCCAAUAACGAAUGCUGGCCAAACCGCUCAUGCGAAUGACACAUGCGAGUUUCAAUUUUUAUGGUAACCAGGAUUUAUUUUAGAACGCAACUUUGCGGUAUUUCCGCAAAUUGGAAAGAUAUGCCGCAUAAAAUUUACAUUGCCGCGUCAAAUGGGGCGCAAAAUAAAAUUAAAAAACAAACCUAAGGAAUAGUAUUAUUUUUUGGAAAUAAAAUAUUCGAAAACAUCACUGACAACAACACUGAUUUGACGGCCGUUCUAUAACCUCACUUUAACUUUUAUAGCCUCUUACUGCCUCAAUUGCCUUUCUCUUCCUGGUUUGAGUCAUUAUUUCACCACUCAAACAUCCGGGAUUCUGCAGUAAUCCGAGCACACGCUUUUUUAGUUGCCCGGAAAGCCCCCCUAGAAUUACUGAUAGGGGCCCAUUUGCUCCUCAUUGGCCAAUUUCUAGAAUAGACCUCGAGUAACCAUGUUUGAAAGGUUUUACUCGAAAUAUUACUGUGAUCGAAAUAUUAGUUUGUGUAGGUUGAACUAUUGUACUUCAUACAGUUUCGGAAGUGAAAUUUCCCCCCCACUAAUUCUUUAAUUUUUUUUUGUCGUUACAGUUGAUUGAUGUUGGGUUCACCUCAUCU